UGCAGGGCUUGCUGCUCAGUGGCUGGGAUGUUCCCGGGAUGAAUCCCCUUUUAGGUGACGCGGUCCUUGGUCACUGUUCAGCAGAGACCCUUGGCCUUGGACGGGCCCAGUGACCCUCUGGCUUUAGAAUGGGCAACACUGUUGAAAAGCAGAAGCCCCUGAGACGAAGCCACCUGUGCCCCUGGAGACAAGAAACCAGGUGCUGUUUAGGAGCUCAUAGUACAGUGCCUUUCGGAAGAGUGCGUCUUAGCAGACAUGGGCAGGACAGAGACUCUCAGCGUUCUCAUCUCUCCUCCUUCACCAUGAAGCUGAUGGACAAAUUCCACUCACCCAAAAUCAAGAGAACACCAUCAAAGAAGGGAAAACCAGCUGAGGUGUCUGUGAAAAUCCUGGAGAAGCCUGUGAACAAAGAGGCAACAGACAGAUUUCUACCAGAGGGCUACCCUAUCCCCUUGGAUCUGGAGCAGCAGGCAGUAGAGGUUAUGUCCACCAGUGCUGUGGCUUCCAGGUCUCAAAGGCAGAAGAACCUGAGCUGGCUGGAGGAGAAGGAGAAGGAGGUAGUGAGUGCAUUGCGCUACUUUAAGACCAUCGUGGACAAGAUGGCCAUUGAUAAGAAGGUGCUGGAAAUGCUUCCGGGCUCCGCCAGCAAGGUGCUGGAGGCCAUCCUUCCGCUGGUGCAGAGCGACCCCCGAAUCCAGCACAGCUCAGCCCUCUCCUCCUGCUAUAGCCGAGUGUACCAAAGUCUCGCCAACCUCAUUCGCUGGUCUGACCAAGUGAUGCUGGAAGGUGUGAACUCAGAAGAUAAAGAGAUGGUGACAACUGUGAGGGGCGUCAUCAAGGCUGUGCUGGACGGAGUGAAGGAGCUGGUCAGACUCACCAUUGAGAAGCAGGGGCACCCGUCUCCAACAAGCCCAGUGAAACCCAGCUCCCCCGCCUGCAAACCCGAUGGCCCGUCUGAGCUCCCCCUGACAGAUCGAGAGAUGGAAAUUCUAAACAAGACAACCGGCAUGUUACAGCCGCCCGAGCUACUCCCAGACUCUACUGAUGAAGAGGUCGCACCCCCCAAACCCCCCUUACCUGGCAUUCGGGUGGUGGAUAAUAGUCCCCCACCAGCGUUGCCACCGAAGAAAAGGCAGUCGGCUCCCUCUCCCACCCGAGUGGCCAUCGUGGCCCCCAUGAGUCGGGCCACCAGUGGCUCUAGUUUGCCCGUUGGAAUUAAUAGACAGGACUUUGACGUGGACUGUUACGCGCAGAGGCGCCUGUCGGGGGGCAGCCACUCGUACGGCGGGGAGUCCCCCCGCCUGUCCCCCUGCAGCAGCAUCGGCAAGCUCAGCAAGUCGGACGAGCAGCUGUCCUCCCUGGACAGGGACAGGGACAGCGGGCAGUGCUCCCGGAACACAAGCUGUGAAACACUAGAUCAGUAUGACCCCGACUACGAAUUCCUCCAGGAAGACCUCUCGAACGUGGACCAGAUACCUCAGCAAGUGGCCUGUAACCUUAGCCCGCUGCCGGAGUCCUUGGGGGAGUCGGGGUCUCCGUUUCUUAGCCAUCCUUUCCAGUUGCCUCUUGGCAGCUGUCCCCAGCUGGAGGGGCCCUUGGCCCCGGGGCAGCCGACAGACAUGCCGCCUGCCCUCCCCGAGAAGAAGCGCAGGAGCGCUGCCUCCCAGACCGCGGACAGCUCCGGCUGCAGGGUGUCCUACGAGCGGCACCCGUCCCAGUACGACAACAUCUCCGAGGAGGACCUGCAGACCCCCGCCGCGGUCCAGGCCGGCCCCUUCACGCCCUUUGCUGCUAUUCUCCCCUUUCAGCAAGGAGGUUCCUCAGCCUCUGUCGAAUUUGUGGGUGAUUUCACUGCUCCCGAAUCAACGGGUGACCCCGAAAAACCGCCUCCUCUUCCAGAGAAGAAAAACAAACACAUGCUGGCCUACAUGCAGCUGCUCGAAGACUACUCAGAGCCGCAGCCCUCCAUGUUCUACCAGACGCCGCAGAACGAGCACAUCUACCAGCAGAAGAACAAGCACCUGAUGGAAGUGUACGGCUUCAACGACUCCUUCAGCAGUGGGGACGGCCCGCAGGAGCUGGCGCCGCCCCCCGCCCUGCCCCCCAAGCAGCGGCAGCUGCAGGCCUCCUAUGCUGCUUCUUCCUUCUCCUCUGUCUCCUACUGUGUCCAGCAAACUAAAGUGGCCUUCACCCCCGAGGACGGCAGUGCCACUCAGGGCAUCAGUGUGUCCGUCUCUAACUCCUUUCUCAGCCGGCAUGGCACGUUACCUGUGCCCUCGUAUAAGUCUGUGUUUAGGUCCUACUCCCAGGAUUUCGUGCCUCACAACCAAGCUUCCGUUCAACCUUUCCUUCCGUCUACCUCCUCUUCCUCUCCGCAUUUCCCACCUGUCCACCAGUCUCAGAGCUCUGACUUAGCGGUGCCCGCCGUAGCCAGGCCGCCUCCCAGCACCGUGGACGGGCCUCUUUCAUCUUCUCAGGAGAGCAGCUUGCAUGGGAACUCUGUCUGCCUUGCUUCCGAAACCUCUUUCACUGACUCGCCCCAGACGCCUUCGAGUGAAAACGCCAGUGAGGAGGCUGGUGAGGGUGAAUACGUCAGUCUGUACUCCUCUGGCCAGAGCAGCGAGGAGCUGGCUGAGUCUCGAGGAGAAUCACCAGCUGUGAAAGACGGACAUCCCAGAGACCCCUCUUCGGUCAGCAGUGCUCCUGGGAAGGAAAGCAGAGAUGGCGGAGAAAGGGCGUCGAAGUCACCAGAUGCUCCAGAGUCGGCCCCGUCGGAGGAGGAAGUGGACGAGCUGUCCCUCAUCGACCACAACGAAAUCAUGGCGAGGCUGACACUCAAGCAAGAGGGUGACGACGGGCCAGAUGUCCGUGGGGGAUCUGGGGAUAUCCUACUGGUCCACGCCACGGAGACGGACAGGAAAGACCUGGUGUUGUACUGCGAGGCCUUCCUAACCACCUACAGGACCUUCAUCAGCCCCGAGGAGCUCAUCAAGAAGCUGCAGUACAGGUACGAGAAGUUCUCUCCCUUCGCCGACACGUUCAAGAAGCGCGUCAGCAAGAACACGUUCUUCGUGCUGGUGCGGGUGGUGGAUGAGCUCUGCCUAGUGGAGUUGACAGAAGAGAUCUUGAAGCUGCUGAUGGAACUCGUCUUCCGCUUGGUGUGCAACGGGGAGCUCAGCCUGGCCCGCGUGCUCCGGAAGAACAUCCUGGACAAGGUGGACCAGAAGAAGCUGCUCCGGUGUGCCAACUCCGACCAGCCCCUGGCAGCCAGGGGGGUAGCAGCCAGGCCGGGGACCUUGCAUGACUUCCACAGUCAUGAAAUCGCCGAGCAGCUGACACUGCUAGAUGCCGAGCUCUUUUAUAAAAUAGAGAUUCCUGAGGUUUUGCUUUGGGCAAAAGAGCAGAAUGAGGAGAAGAGCCCCAACUUGACCCAGUUCACGGAGCAUUUCAACAACAUGUCCUACUGGGUCCGGUCAAUUAUCAUGUUACAGGAGAAGGCCCAGGACCGGGAGCGGCUGCUCUUGAAGUUCAUCAAGAUCAUGAAGCAUUUACGGAAGCUCAACAACUUCAACUCCUACCUGGCCAUCCUCUCGGCGCUGGACUCGGCGCCCAUCCGCAGGCUGGAGUGGCAGAAGCAGACCUCAGAGGGCCUGGCUGAGUACUGCACGCUGAUCGACAGCUCGUCCUCGUUCCGCGCCUACCGGGCUGCCCUCUCGGAGGUGGAGCCGCCAUGCAUCCCGUACCUGGGGCUCAUCCUGCAGGACCUCACCUUCGUUCACCUGGGAAACCCAGACUACAUUGACGGGAAGGUGAAUUUUUCCAAACGGUGGCAGCAGUUCAACAUCCUGGACAGCAUGCGGUGCUUCCAGCAGGCGCAUUACGACAUCCGGAGAAACGACGACAUCAUCAACUUCUUCAACGACUUCAGUGACCACCUGGCCGAGGAGGCCCUAUGGGAACUCUCUCUGAAAAUCAAACCCAGGAACAUAACAAGGAGAAAAACAGACCGGGAAGAGAAGACCUAGGAGCAGAUGCCAUGAGCAAGAAGAAGGCUCGCGAGAGGCUCAGAGGGCCGCUCUGAGACCGGAAGGGACUUUGGACCUGUUAUGGGGCAGCAGCAAGUGUCCCGGCCUCAGAGCCGUAGGCCCAGCCAGGCGGGAGCCCGAAGCUGCGGCCCAGCCCCCGGCCCACGGCGGAGCCAGCAGGCGGGUCUCGUCGCUGACUUGUGAACCGGUGGUUUUCUCUUUUACUUUUGGUUUCUGCUUUCCCGUCGUCUUCCCCUCGCCCCUGCCCCCAGCCCCUCCAGCCUGGGGGCAGCACAGCCCUGUCACCAGCAAACCAGGGAACAGCGGGAAUCUUCGCCCCUCCCUGGGUCUGCUGAGGUGACACACGAGUGGAAGCUCCAGGACCCUUUUGGAGGUGACUUUGAAUGAAGGGGACAUGUAGUUGGGUGGGCAGAGCGCACAGGACACUGGGGGCGGCCCCUUGUACUUCCCAGGGCCUGCUUUGUAAAGUGGAGGAGAGAGCGCUGCUCGAAGGGCCCAGAAAGGUACGACAGGUGUUCAGCGGCCCUGCAGCCAGCACUCCUGUCGCAUGACUGGCCCUCAGCGCUGCCUGCGGCCCGCGGGCACCGGGGCCUCCCUGGCCCGGCCAUGAGCAGUGACUAGCAUUGUGUGCCAGCUUUCGGCCCUUUCAGUGCCCCCAGCCCCCCGCUGGCCCUCCCCAUUACCUGGCGUUGUGGGGAGCUGGGAAGAAGAAGGAGGGCAAGGGAGGACUUUACCAUCCAGGAAAUAUGUCCUCCCUGUGCUGGGGCCAGAGGGGAGGGUGGAGGGCCUUUCUGUCCUGGGGGGGCCGGUGGCCCCUCCUCUGUCGCUUGCUGUGUGCCUUAAACCCCAUCUCCUGACCCCUCGCUCCCGCCCCAGGGCUCCCCUCCCACCUUGCUCCGGGGCUGCUCCUCUCGCUGUCAGACCUGUGCAGACCCCCUCCCUUGAGGGGCCGUGUCCCCCACCAGCGGCAGGCUGCUUUCCUGUGCAAAGCGUCUUCAGGAGCAGGUGCUCUUUCCAUCCUGGUUCAAACCCACUCUUGCUACUGAGGUCAACAAUCUGAGGUGGAGUCUGUAGGGUCCCCACACGGGUGCCCAGCUAGAGCCUCCCAUGCCCCUGGGCUCCGUGCCAGCCAGACAUGAGCCUACGGGCAGGGUGCCCGGCACAACCCAAGCGGCUGUCCCCACGUCCUGCUGUGCAGAGUGGAGCACUACUUCUGGGGCUGGGACUCAGUCCAGCAACCACCAGGAUCUCUCUGUGCUUAGCCCAGAACAAAGAAGGGAAGUAGCAAGCAACACCUUUUCAUUAUUUAGGUUUUCUCUUGAAAGAAACAACCCUGGCACUAUGGGUCCUUCGUGGCUAUUUGAGCAGCUUUUAUCAAGAAGAACAUUGGGGCUGGUCUUUUUCCUUUUUGUUUGUCCUGUCCCUAGAGGGGAGCAGUCUAUGAAAUGUCAGUUACGGUCCCCCUGCCGGCGGUGCUGCGGUGGCAGGCCGGAACACGUCACUUUAUUAUUUAAAGAGUGUGUGUGCAGAGUCACUGUUUAUUAACAGUAGUGUGUGUGGGGCUGGGGUUAGUUUGUGCCUGAUUUUUGAAGUCCUCUCAUUUCAGUCUUCUCCUCCUCCCGGCCUCGCCCAGCUCUGUUGAAUGCUGCUGUGUGUGCUUGAGGGGGCCGCUGUGCACUCAGGCCCGUGGGGUGUGGGAACUGGGGUCCCCCUGCGUUUCAGAGCCCCCGGGGACCUCCCUCCAUAGCACAGGGUUUCAGCCUCGGAAACCCAGCUGCUGGCAGAAGGACCGUGUCUGCGGCCUGUCCGCCUUGGUCUCAAGCCAUGAGCUGGCCGUAGGGGGGAGUGGGGACUCCACCUUCCCCCCAUUCACAACAGACCCUGCACCCACACAUCACACCCCAGCCCUGCCCAGCCGUGCCCUCCAGGAGCCCUCAGCGGUCUGAGCAGAGGUGCCAGGCACCAAGCGAGCAGUGCGGGUGGACGAGGGGCCAGCGUGUCUGGUGGCCCUGCGUGAGGACAGCAGGUGCAGCGUGUGUUUUCACAUUGGCUGACGAGCUUCCCCACGCCGCACCUCCUGAAAAGCCUCCUGGCUCUGGGAGUCGCUGAACCCAGAGCUACAGCCUGGUGGGGUGUGUCAUGGGGGCAGGGGUGGGCGUGUGUCUUUACGACAGACAGAUACCACAGACAGACACAAUCAGGACAAUUUGGUUCCCUGCAGAGAGAGCCAGGGCUCCCCUACAGGUGGGGGAGGAGCCAGGGAGAGGGCAGGCACGUGCCAUGUCUGAACUGAACCCCAAUUCUGAGAAACGCCUCCCUCCGCCAGCCCCACACCUCCCAAUGUUACAUUGUAAUAUAUAUUCCCCACUAACCUGGCUGAUAGUGGCAUCUUCCUGCAGACAUUUCGCACCUGUAACUUUUAUAUGAAAGGAAAAUAAACAAAGAUGAAAACCGCAACCGUGCGCGUGCGCCACGUGUCU